AUGACUUCUACUUACCUAGACACUGUUCUGGGCAAUCCUCAGUAUCCUGUCUUUUGCGCCAUCUCGCUCCUCAGCAUCUUCAUCCUGAAGUACUCUUUCUCCGACAAUACCAAGAAAUACCCGGUUCUUAACCCAAAGAAAUCCUUCGAAUGGAGCGAUCGACGUGUUACUCGAGACUUCAUAGCGAAUAGCGGAAGCCUCCUCGCCAAAGCUCGAGCUCUCUACAAGAACCAGCCGUACUGGGCUCACACGGAGUGGGGAGAGAAUUUGGUGAUUCCUCCCGAGUUUCUUGAUAGCUUGAAAAGCAACCGACAAUUGGACUUCAUGGGCCCGUCUGGAGAUGACUCUCAUGAUUACAUCCCUGGUUUCGAUCCAUUUAAGGGCAACGAUGGAAUGACUACGGUCAUUACCAAGUAUAUCACGAAAACAUUGAAUAAGCUUACUGGGCCUCUUUCGGAAGAGACAUCUUUGGCAAUGCAGCAAGUUUUUACCGACUCAACUGGUAAUGCAUCCCCCAACCUGCCACGAAGGAGCAUAACUAACGGUGAUAUCUUACCAGAAUGGCACGCAAUCCAGCCCCAACACGAUCUAAUGCGCAUCGUAUCGCGUGUCUCUUCCCGUGUCUUUAUGGGCGAGGAACUCUGCCGCGAUGACGAAUGGGUCAGGGUUUCAGGCGACUAUACCCUUAGUGUCUUUGCUACUUCUAACCUCUUGAUGGCAUAUCCUCGCUGGGCUCGACCUCUUGUUCACUGGUUCAUGCCUGAGUGUAGGGAAGUUCGCAGAAAGCUAAACAACGCUCGCCAAUGUCUGCAACCCCACCUUGAUCGUCGAAACGCUAUCAAACGCGAGGCUGCUGCGCAAGGAAAGCCAUGUCCUUUCAAUGAUUCUAUCGAGUGGUUCGAGAAGGAGUAUACCAAGCACGAUCCCGCUACUUGCCAGAUUUCCAUCUCGUUGGUCGCGUAUCAUACCACUUCGGAUUUACUUAUGGAGACGCUCUUUAAUCUUUGCCAGCACCCUGAACUCCUUAAACCGCUUCGAGAAGAGAUAGUCAAUGUUUUGAGUAAAGAGGGCUGGAAGAAGACAUCGUUGAUUAACCUGAAACUGAUGGACAGCGUUGUCAAAGAGUCUCAGAGAAUGAGGCCAGUUCUUCUUGGUGUUUUCAGGAGAAAGGCCCUCGCAGAUAUUACCCUUCCAAACGGCGAUGCCAUUAAGAAAGGAACUAGAAUCGUUUGCGAUACCACGCACAUGCGGAGCUCAGAAUACUACAAAGAUGCGACUACAUUCGAUGGUUACCGCCAUCUGAAGAUGCGCCAAACACCAGGCCAGGACAAGCACGCGCAUCUCGUAAGCACCAGCUCGGAUCACUUGGGCUUCGGACACGGUCUACACGCGUGUCCCGGACGCUUCUUCGCAGCCAACGAGAUAAAGAUUGUGCUGUGCCACUUGCUGCUGAAGUACGACCUGAAGCUCGAAGACGGGGUAGUUCCCACGCCAAAGCCGUAUGGAUUCAAUUACUUGGGCGAUGGGAAGGCGAAGAUUCUGGUUCGUCGACGACAGGAGGAGUUGGAUCUGGAGAGUGUUGACACUUGA